UGGGCAGCAAUAAGGUCCUUUCUGUAACAUGGCAGAAGCCACAUGUUCGUGGUAAACAUCUCUGCUGAACUGUAGUAUUUAAAAUCUCUUUUCACGAUGGAGUCAGAAUCAAACACGCCAGCGGAGGUGAGCGCUACUAUGGACUGUGAUGGAAAUACGGACACAUUUCAGAAAGUCAAGUCAAAGAAGAGCAAUAAACGGAAGCGGGACGCGGCUGAAGUGGACAUGCAGACUGAGGAGACAGUAGCGGCCAAGAGACCGCAGUUCCCGGCCUUAUCAGGAGACCUGCUCACGGGAGGCACAGUUGAAAUGAGGAAGGUUCCUGUUCCUUCUCACCGUUACACUCCUCUGAAAGAAAACUGGAUGAAGAUUUACACGCCCAUCGUAGAACAUCUGCAGCUCCAAGUGCGAUUCAAUCUCAAGAGCAGAAAUGUGGAGAUUAGAACAUGCAAAGACACAAAAGACAUCAGCGCUCUCGCCAGAGCUGCGGACUUCGUGAAAGCGUUUGUUUUAGGCUUUCAGGUGGAGGAUGCUCUUGCUCUGAUCAGAUUAGACGAGCUGUUUCUGGAAACAUUUGAAGUCACAGACGUCAAACCACUGAAAGGAGAUCACUUAUGCAGAGCCGUAGGCAGGAUAGCGGGGAAAGGAGGAAAAACCAAGUUCACCAUUGAGAAUGUGACAAAAACCAGGAUUGUGCUCGCAGACACGAAGGUUCACAUUUUGGGAUCUUUCCAGAAUAUCAAAAUGGCUCGAACAGCAAUAUGCAACCUCAUUCUCGGAAGUCCUCCAUCAAAGGUAUAUGGCAACAUCCGGGCGGUGGCGAGCCGUGCAGCAGAGAGGUUUUAACACAUGAAGAAACGUACAACUCAUGGACUGAUGCAGAAAUAAUAAUUUACAUGAUUAGUGCCAUAUUGGCCUGAAUGUGUGUAUGAAUGAUACGGUGACUGAUGUGAGCACCGGUGGACGGCUGACUCCUCAAACAGUGGACCUUCAGAUAAUAAACACUUCAUCAAUGGAAAUGAGA